UUCUUUUUUUUAUUCUAUUAAUACCAGUACUUAUCUUCUUCUUUUUUCUUUUUUUCUUUUUUUUUUUUUUUUUUUUUUUUUUGUCCUCAUUCCUUUCAUUUCCUUUCCUUUCUCUCCCGUCUUUCCUUCCAAGAGACGCCAAAUGUUUUUAAACAAAACCAUCACUAAAAAAGGGUGCCGAAAGCGCGCGAUAAAGCAAGUGUAACAUAGAAGUUCAUUCUCUCAUUUGCCUCGGAGCAAAUUCAACGCAGAGAUCCAGCAAAAUUUUCGAGAGAGUUUCUCUCUCUACAAUCAAACGGUUAACAAGCAUGUCAAUAUAUCUCUGCCGAGUAUUUUCUCUCUCUUCGUCUUCUUCUGCUUUAAACCCUAACUAUGCAUUUGCUACUUUGCAGAGAAUCAAAUUCACGAUCUUUAUUACCUGUCAAGGUCUUCAUUCGUCAUCUUUGUGAUUGAGAGAUGGAAGGGGAUCUGCAGAGGUCUCCGCCGCCAGGGGAUCCCAUUGACUGUGGUGAUGCGAAGUAUGUCUCUGGGCUUAGUACUAUACUUGUUGCCACAAUUCAAGAAGCAAGAGACAGGAUUUCUCAGAUAGAAUAUAUUUUCUGCAGCCAACUUUUCCCGAACUUCCAAUCAAAUUCUGGAAGCCUGCAGAAAAUUUACUCCGAGGCCAAGAAAGCUGCAGAAGAUGUAUGGAAAGAGAAGGAAAAAGAACUCUUACUCCAAAUAGAAAAGCUUCAGCUUGAAAAGCAGCAAGCUCUGGAUGAAAAUCAGUCUCUCAAGGAGGAGAAGGCAAAGUUUGUGAAUUUUGAAGGCCAGUCACCUAAUAGUGUUAAUAAACUCCAAGAGGAGCUAAAACAGAUGACUAAAGAAGUAGGUGAGGGAAGGGAAUUGCAACAUAGUAUACUCAGACUUCUUGAUCAAAAGACAUUGUGA